AUGGGACAGCAAUCGUUGAUCUACAGCUUCGUGGCCCGGGGGACGGUGGUCCUUGCAGAGUACACUGAGUUCACCGGGAAUUUCACCGGAAUCGCCGGACAGUGCCUCCAGAAACUCCCCGCCACCAACAACAAGUUCACCUACAACUGCGACGGCCACACCUUCAACUACCUCGUCGAGGAUGGAUUUACUUAUUGUGUUGUGGCUGUCGAAUCUGUUGGAAGACAAAUUCCAAUAGCAUUUCUGGAGCGGAUUAAAGAGGAUUUUACCAAGAAAUAUAGUGGUGGAAAGGCGGCUACAGCUGUUGCCAAUAGCCUGAAUAGAGAAUUUGGGCCGAAAUUGAAGGAGCAAAUGCAAUACUGUGUGGAUCAUCCAGAGGAGGUCAGCAAACUUGCAAAAGUGAAAGCUCAGGUCUCAGAAGUCAAAGGGGUGAUGAUGGAAAACAUUGAAAAGGUAAAACAUUUUCAUUAUGCCUUUAGAGUGAUGAACUAUAGAAAUGGUGUCUCCUGCACUGAGAAUUUCUCCUUACAGGUUCUUGAUCGUGGAGAGAAAAUUGAGCUUUUGGUGGAUAAAACCGAGAAUCUUCGUUCUCAGGCGCAAGAUUUCAGGACUCAAGGAACCAAGAUGAGGAGAAAGAUGUGGUUGCAGAAUAUGAAGAUAAAGCUGAUUGUCUUGGGCAUUAUCAUUGCUCUGAUCCUUAUCAUAGUUUUAUCAGUUUGCGGUGGGUUCAAGUGUCACUAA